CCAUGGCGUUUGCUCUCCUUCAGGCACGGGGUGUAUUUUCCUUUUUAACCGAUUCUUGCUUAUAGCGGUUAUUAUAAACCUUAAAACUGUGGGAAGGCGACGUGCUAUUUAUGUAAGAUGCUUGCCCUUGAGAAAGAUUCUAUUUUGUAUAGGCUAAUAUUCCAAGCUAAUGCUUUUUUUUCCACUUUCACACCCACAACUGAAGCUUGUAACGAACUUGAAAAUCUUAUGAGAAAAGCAACUUGCAAGGAUCUAUUUAUAACUUUAAACCGGGUUCAAAAGAGGCCACCUAUUUCCUACUCUUCGAUAGUUGAAACGCAAAAUUUUUCUAUGGGAAUUUUUUAUUUGAAGGAGGGUUACCAGAUCCCCCUCCAUGACCACCCAGGAAUGACUGUUUUUAGUAAAGUUAUGCACGGUAGAGUUCACGUUCGAUCUUUUACCUGGAAAGAAAAAGAUGUUUCAAAUAAGCCCUCUACCUUUAUAACAACCGAAAAAGACGGUAUGCUUCUCCGCGAGGCCGUUGUUAUUGGUGAUUAUGUAAUUAAUUCUUCGGACGAAAAUUGUUUGUUAAAGAUAAGCCCCUUCUCUGCGAAUUUGCACGCUAUCACCGCUAUUUCAGAUUGUUGCUUUCUCGAUAUACUGGGCCCGCCUUACAAAGUUGGAGAGCGCGAUUGUCAUUACUACGAGGAGAUUGAAUUAGUCUCUGGUGGCCAGCCGGACGAUAAGACGUCUGUUUAUUUAGCCGAAUUGGAAGAAAAUGGUUAUUAUUGCGCCUGUGUUCCUUAUUCCGGCCCAAAAAUUGGGAUAACGGAUGACAUCCGCUUGUUUUCUUAGAAGAGCAUGGAGUCAGGGUACCUUGAUUACUUUAGUUGGAGGUAGCCUUGUUACCACGUAUGAUAAAAUAAAAAAAUUAGCGGCACUCAAUGAUAAAGCCUAUCUGCCUAUCUUCCUCUGUAUAUCCCUCUUUAAG